AACAGAUAAGCUGUGCACGGAGGGUAAGGAGGGUGCAGGGUGCUGGGCGUGCUAGACUGUGCCUGUCAGGGGGAGAAAAGAGGAGAGACAUCAUCUCUAGAUAGCCAGAGAUUGCCAGAAUGGAGGUGCUGAGGGAGAAAGUGGAGGAGGAGGAGGCUGCCGAGAGGGAGGAGGCUGCUGAGCGGGCUGAAAGGAUGGAGAAAACGAGGCCAGUGGAGGUGCAGAAGGAAGAAACCAUCCUGACCCAGGAGAUGCUCAGAGACUUGGAGAAGAAGCUAUCGGAGAUCAAAAUCCCCAUUCCAGCAGGGACCCCGGUCAUAACUGAGGACACCAUUGAUGUCUCCAACCUGCCCCUUUCCUACAAAACCAACACGCCCAAGGAGGAGCACCUGCUGCAGGUGGCCGACAACUUCUCCCGCCAGUACAGCCACCUGUGUCCAGACCGCGUGCCGCUCUUCUUGCACCCGCUGAAUGAGUGUGAAGUUCCUAAGUUUGUGAGCACCACCAUCCGGCCCACGCUGAUGCCCUACCCUGACCUCUACAACUGGGACGGCUGUGCCAACUUUGUCUCUGACUUCCUCACCAAGGUGCCGCUCCCGGACCCCCUUAAGCCGCCCUCGCACUUGUAUUCCUCGACCACGGUGCUCAAGCAGCAGAAGGGGAACUGCUUCGACUUCAGCACACUGCUCUGCUCCAUGCUGCUUGGCGCUGGCUACGACGCCUACUGCGUCAAUGGCUACGGCUCGCAGGCCCUGUGCAACAUGGAUCUGACACGCGAGGUGUGCCCGCUCACGGUGAAGCCCAAAGAGACAGUCAAGACGAAAGAAAAGGCCCAGCCCAAAAAGUACACCAUCAAGCCGCCCCGGGACCUGACCAGCAGGUUUGAGCAGCAGCAGGAGAUCAAGAAGCAGAAGGAGGCCAAAGCCCAGAAGGAGAAGCAGCAGCGGGAGGAGGAGGAGCGUCUCCUGGAGGCAGAGAAAGCCAAGCCUGAUCCCCUGCAUGGCCUUCGGGUCCACUGCUGGGUCCUGGUGCUGUCAGGGAAGCGAGAGGUGCCUGAGAGCUUCUUCAUCGACCCAUUCACUGGGCGCAGCUACAGCUCCCAGGAUGACCACUUCCUGGGCAUUGAGAGCCUCUGGAAUCACAGGAACUACUGGAUCAACAUGCAGGACUGUUGGAACUGCUGCAAGGACUUGGUCUUUGACCUGGGAGACCCUGUGAGGUGGGAGUACAUGCUCUUGGGGACAGAUAAGCCUCAGCUGUCCUUGAUGGAGGAAGAGGAUGAGGGGCUGAACGAUGAUGAUGACAUAGAAGAUCUGGGCAAGGAGACAGAGGAUAAGAGCUUUGACAUGCCGUCCUCGUGGGUGGAACAGAUCACGAUCUCCCCAGAAGCAUUUGAGACCCGCUGCCCAAAUGGGAAGAAGGUGCUGCAGUACAGGAGAGCUCGGCUGGAGAAAUGGGCCCCAUACCUCAACAGCAAUGGCCUGGUGUGCCGCCUCACCACCUAUGAAGACCUGGAGUGUACCAAAAUUUUGGAGGUCAAGGAGUGGUACCAGAACCGGGAAGACACGCUGGAGCUGAAGCACAUAAACAACAGCUCAGGCCUGCACACCGACUACUUCAGGCCGGGCCACCCCCAGGCUCUGCGUGUGCACGUGUACAAGACCAUGCAACCCGAGAAUGACCGCAUCAUGGAGUUCUAUGAAACAGCCCGUGUGGAUGGCCUGAUAAAGCGCGAGGAGACUCCCAGGACAAUGACCGAGUACUAUCAAGGACGCCCAGACUUCCUCUCCUACCGCCAUAUCAACUUUGGGCCCAGGGUCAAGAAACUCACUUCGGCCAGUACCGAAUCAAACCCCCGGCCCAUGACGAAAAUCACAGAGCGGUUCUCCCGCAACCCCGCAAAGCCUGCCGAUGAAGACGUGGCGGAGCGCGUGUUCCUCAUCGCUGAUGAGCGCAUCCAGCUGCGCUACCACUGCCGUGACGACUACAUCACGGCCUCCAAGCGCGAAUUCCUGCAGCGCUCUGAGGUAGACAGCAAGGGCAACAAGAUCAUCAUGACGUCGGACAUGUGCAUCAGCUUUGAGGUGGAACCCAUGGAGCAUACCAAGAAGCUUCUCUACCAGUAUGAGACCAUGAUGCAUCUGAAGAAUGAAGAGAAGCUGUCCAAACACCAGGCCUGGGAGUCUGAGCUGGAGGUGCUAGAGAUCCUGAAGCUUCGAGAGGAAGAGGAGGAGGCACACACGCUGAAUAUCUCCAUCUACGAUACCAAGCGCAAUGAAAAAAGCAAGGAGUAUCGGGAGGCUAUGGAGCGCGUGAUGCACGAGGAGCACCUACGGCAGGUAGAGGCCCAGCUGGACUACCUGGCUCCAUUCCUGGCCCAGCUGCCCCCUGGUGAGAAGCUGACACGCAUGCAGGCUGUGCAUCUCAAGGACGAGUGUCUCAGUGACUUCAAGCAGCGGCUCAUUGACAAAGCCAACCUCAUUCAGGCCCGCUUUGAGAAGGAGAACCAGGAGCUGCAGAAGCAGCAGCAGUGGUACCAGGAGAACCAGGUGACCCUGACACCAGAGGAUGAAGACUUGUACCUGAGCUACUGCUCUCAGGCCAUGUUCCGCAUCCGCAUCCUGGAGCAGCGGCUCAAUCGACACAAGGAGCUGGCUCCCCUGAAGUAUUUGGCGUUGGAGGAAAAGCUCUACAAGGACCCACGUCUAGCAGAGUUCCUCAAAGUCCUUGCUUGACCCCUCAUGAGCCUAAGGCAGAAGCCGCCAGAAGCCAGACAGAAGCCCACCCAGCCCAGCCCUGUGCACCUU